AGCUUUCUUUUUCAUUUUGUGACAGGUUUCUGGAGGGCUCAAGCAUGCGUGGCUGUUGGGCUGUGUUAGCCUUUUGCUGCUUGGGGCAGCUGUGUGCAGAUCAAAGCAUGAAGCCUCGGACUGCAGCCCCUCAGCUUGCUACAAAUAAUCCCACUCUUACUACAGUUGCUCUAGAAAAACCUUUCUGUAUGUUUGACAGCUCGCUGUGCCCAAAUAAAUCUUGCAUCAUCUACUUGUACGCAAUGAAGGAAUCAGCGAGUGCAAUAAGCUCCCAGGUGACCGACAACACCAGCAAACCACUUGACAGCACCUUCCACCAAACAAGCGGGGGGCAGCUCGGCCCUUACAAGGCUGCCUUGUUCAACGUGCCCGACUGUGCAUCGCCUCCCAAACUCGCUGACCUAGGAGAUGUCAACAAAGUUUCUGAUAUCCUGAAACAAUACCUCUUCAGAGUUGGGGAUGAUGUGAAUUGUUUAUAUGACCCGAACUUUCUGGCUGUCUGUAACCCACCUCUUGCACCGGACACAACGUACAGGUUUAAAUACGUAUUGCUAGAUAGCACUGAAGGUAUUGUGAAAGACCAAACUCUCUGGUCUGAUCCAAUCAAAACCAGAAAAGUUAAACUUCCCUUGAAAAUUGAUACCUGGCCUGGUCGAAGGAGUGGAGACAUGAUUGUCAUUACAUCGAUCCUAAGUGUUCUUGUGUUCCUUCUGCUUGCUGGCUUUCUUGCUUCUGUGUCCUCUGCUGUCAUGAGAUCAGAAGAUUCUUCUGCAGAGACAAAGUGUGUGUCUCAGACGAUUCAAAGUGAACCAAGACCACAGUUAAGCUCUGAGUGAACCUGAUUCAAGUCUAGGGUGGAAAUCCAGCUGAACUGCUACAUGUGCCAGACCUACAGGACUGUCUCUCCUACUCCACACUAGUCCAAAACAAGCUGCAGAA